AAUAAAUCCACCAAAUCCACUCGAGUCCGACAUGUGCUCCAUGGGCCGAUCUUCCACUCGCCACCCCCGGAAACCAAAGAUCCGAAGGCUCGAGCUCCUCACAAAAUAAAACAACUCGAUCAUCAACAUGAAAUCAUCCACAUCCACACCGAAUCAAGGCACUGACAGCGUCAAGAAGCUAGAAUCUUUGCUGCAGGCCGAAGCCAAGAAAAAGAACUCGCGUCGAAUUCUUUUGGGUGUGCAGUCCAGAGACAAAUCCAAACUGGAUUUUCGCCAAUGCGCUGGAAGCGACACUUCCAUCUCGACCAAGGAUCCAUUCUUUAUCGCCAGUCAAACCAAACUGAUGACGUCCACUGUCAUAUUCCAGCUCGUUGACGAGGGCAAGAUGAGUCUGGACGAUUGCAUGGCUCAGUAUCUGCCUGCAGAAAUGAUCGAUAAGAUCCAUGUCUACAAGGGAAAAGACUACAGCUCGGAGAUCAAGAUUCACGAACUACUCCAUCAAACAUCGGGAAUUCCCGAUUACUUUUUGCAAAAGGACAAGACAACAGGGGCAUGUGUGCUGGAUAGUUUCCAUGCCAACGAAGAUCACGAGUGGACUCGAAUGGACUAUCUCAACAGGGCCAAACAAAUCACCCCCGUCUUUGAACCAUCCGCCAAAGGCGGAAAGAGAUCCCUCUAUUCCGAUACCAACUGGCAGCUCUUGGGUGAAAUUAUCGAACGAGUGACGGAAAAGUCCAUUGCAGAAAAUUUCCAAGAGCGCAUCUUUCAACCACUCGGGCUCAGCGCGGAUACCUACGUGUUUGACAUUAAUAAGCUUGCGAAGGAUCGUACGCCACCCAUGAAUUUCUUUUACAAGGAGAAGGAACUCGACAAUGUUGGCAAAAUCAUGUCAUCCUUUCAACCGGAUGGGGCCGUGGUAUCCACAAUGGACGACAUGUUGGUCUUUCUGCGGGCUUACUUUGAUGGUAAGUUGUUUGACAAUAAAAAGCACCAGCAACACGAGGAAAAUCAAACACAGUGGAACACUGUCUUUGUCCCGCCUCUCCAAUACGGCUACGGAUUGAUGCGUUUCAAAUUGCCCAAAUGGAUGACACUGUACUGCUUUGAUAUUCCUCCGAUUUAUGGACACAGUGGAGCCAAUGCCUCCUUUUCCUUUUAUUCACCCGACAAGGAAGUAUUCAUGGUUGGCACGUUCAAUCAAAUUGACCAGGAGAGCCGCCCCUUUGAAUUCAUGCUAAAGGUGCUCGGCUGUGUGUAGGUCAGAAUAUACGGAUAGCCGUAGCGAGUUGUUGCGUGUUUUGUCUGUUGCGAACCAGGUGGGGAAUGACGCCGAGAUCUUCCAUCAGAAUUGGCCGACCUGAAAUGUAGAAAUUGAAUAUAGUAGACAACAGUCUUUCUCUC